UUCAACCGGCCCCCAGUCCUUUACGGCUUUGACCCGGAGAUACAAGAAGAUCACCCUUUCGACGAGGUCUGGUCAGCUGGAUUCAUAUCCAAAGCCUACACUGAUGAGGAAGACCCCGAAGUUCUGCGAUUUGACGCGGACCCGUCGCUCAAGACAGAACUUAGGUAUGGCAAUAAUGUGUUCGUACUCUUCAAGGCCCUUUGCUGGUGCGGCGAGUUCUGGGGCCAACAAAACUUCUGGACUGCCAUGGCUAGAGGCUAUAGCGGCACCAAACCUAGCUACGUCAGGGAGUUGGUCUAUAUGCUUGUAGACGCGCGAAAGACUGCUCUGCAAGGCCUGACCGGUGUUCACAACUCACCCGUUACCCAUGUUGUCGAUGACUUCAUUAACUGGCUGGACCAGUACGGCCCUCAACUUACCAGCCACAACGCCGGCAAACCUACCGAUCCAAACCUACUCUCCACUGCCGACGCUUUCUUCAGCAGUAUGAGGGGUAAAUGUAUCAAUUUCAACAAGAUACCCGUCUUACUCAUUGGGCUAAAGCCACGCCUCCAGAACCCUCAACGGAACAGGCCUCAAAACCAUCGUCAAGACCCGCUUGACCACCAAAGGCCGCCGAACCACUUCCCGCCGGCUCGCUCGAGGUCGCCUCCCACCAUGCCUGUCAAGCCUGAAGCACGAACUGGCGGUACGGGCUGGGAACUAAACAGGGAAUUCACACAACAUCCCAUGCCGCUGCGGAAGCGAUCGGGGUCACCAUAUGCCCAGGACGAGUUUCACCCGCCCAAACGGCAUCACAGCUCUGGACGGUACCCAGAGCAACACUCACCACGACAAUGGCAUCCGGAGCAGGGUCCUCCAUCACGACAGUCAUAUGAGGAUGAGUACCGUGGAUGGCAUCAAUCCGGAGAACGGCUGCCACCACGGGGCCCGCGCUCCGAGGAGACGUUCCCGCCUCGAUCGCCUGCCGGAUUGCCGCCUCGACCACCUACCCCGCCCCGUGCUCAAUCCCAGCUGGAGAAGCAGCAAGGUCACGAUCAACAGAGACACGAUCAACAAAGGCUCAAGCAGCAGCAAAUGGAGGACCAGAAACUCAAGCAACGGCAGCUCGAGGACGAGAUGCUUAAGGAGCAGAAGAUUCAGGAGCGUCGGCUUGAGGUGCAAAAGCUCGAACAACAAAGAAUCGAGCUUGAAAAACAAGUCCAAGAACACCAACAGUUACUCGAGGAGGAGCGCCAGCAAGCCCAAGCUCAGAAGCAGGCUGAAGAAGCUCGGAAGCGACUCGAAGAGGAACGCAAACAGGCCGAAGCCAAGAAGCAAAAGACCGACACUCCCGGACCGCGACCCUCACCCCAUCCGUCCGUCCUGUCUUCGGACGAAGAAGUUGCUGGGUGGAAAGAGAUGGUUUCCACGCUCGAGAAGAAACUGGCGGACACUGAGGGGCAGCUUAAGGCGGCUGCCGUGAUUCGCCCGCUUGAAAGAAGCAUUAGCAAGUUCCAGUCGGAUGUCAGCGCUCUCCAUGGAGAGAUGAGCACCCUCUUCAACUCAUUCCAGUCCAUGGUGGACAUAAUGGCUCUCGUACAGGAAGAUACCAUGUGUAUCAAGGAAAAUGUCGAAGGCAAACAGCAGCAACACGGUGGAAUUGACGAGAUCUCGCUUUCUGUAGAUGAUGUCAAGGCGAACGUCGCAUUGGUGCUGAGCGAAAUCUUCGACCUCCGCCUGCAGCACCAACAGCUGGAAAAGAGGGUUCUUGCAACACCCUUUAGGGCUGCUCCGUCUAGGGACUCGGAAGCUCUAAUGACUGCCCUGGCUGCCAUCUCGCAAAAGGUCGACGCCUUGAACAACGAGGUGUCCGAUUUGAGAAAAGAAGGCCAGGCGCAACGGGAUAUUGCACCUCCACCUACUGCGAACCCUGACGACCUCAAAGAGAUCAUGGGUGUCGUGAAGAUGAUUUCUGAUAAUGUUGACGUGCUUAAGAGUGAAGUGAUGGACUUGAAGAAGGAUCGUGCUCGGACGGACGACACAUCCAACUCAUCAGCAACCACCAGCGUUUCCGUCGACGCCGGGCUUAUCAAAGCACUGUUCGGGGAACAGAAGGCUCUGAUUCAGAGUCAGAGCCAAAAACUGGCCAGAAUGGCGAACGACAUAUCGAGUCUACGAACUCAGGUGUAUGCUUCUGGUAGGACUCAGCCUCAGCCGAAGAGCUUGAAGCAAGCCAUGGCGGCUGCAGAGAAAGACUUGCAGCACCAUCUCAUAACGAUGCAGAAUUACCGAAAUAAGAUGGCCGAGCGAGGGAACCCGCCACCGACUGUCGUAGCUAACAUGGCCGACAUGUGUCAGACGUUGGAAGAGUGCAUCCAGUAUUCCAAGACCGGACAGAAGUAA